AUGAUUUUCGCAGUGCUCCCGGUGCUGGUUCUGCCAAUUUCGGCAGCCUCUCCCUCACUGCCUGAUCGAAUCGAAGGUGCAUUUUUUGGCUGCCUCGUUGCGGAUGCUCUAAGCCUGGGUUCACAUUAUGAGUACGAUGCAAAGGCCAUCAAGCAGGCUUAUGGAGGUACCAUCUCGCGAUACAUGGGCCCCGGUGAAGCUAUGGGUGGCACGACGCACGGCGUGGGCUGGGGCCGGCGAAACUACCACCCUGGCCAGAAAGCUGGAGACCAGACGGAUUAUGGCGAGUACAAUCUGCUGGGCUUGGAGUACCUGGCCUCACGCAGCGGUGCCGCAGCCAAAGCUGAAGUCAGGUUAGAGGGCCUUGUCCCUUACUGGCAGCAGCGUGUGACUUCGAAGUCUUGGGGUGCAUGGCUCUGCACGCAGACAAAGCAGACACUUCAGCAGGUGUCGCAGAAGGUGCCCUACGACAGGUUGGGCGGCAUGUCCAAUGCUAUGUCCCUUCGACACGCCGCGGCCUACGCUGUCUUCGACACCGAGGCUGAGGUCGUCAAAGCUGCGCGCACAAUGAUGUUUACGCAUCGAAACUCGGAAGCCUUGGGGGGUGGUGAAUUCUUCGGCCGGGUGGCUUUCCGCAUCAUCCACAAGAACCUGAAGCCUCGGCAGGCUAUCGAGCAGGUCGCUUCAGACAUGGGCGGCUGGUUCAAGCAGAAGGCCCAGCAGGGCAUUGCCAAGUUCGAGGAAGCGACGGACCCGACGAAGCCGCUGUUCAAAGAGGAGUUUGUGGAUGAUCUGGCCAUGACAUCUAUGGCACGGCUCUGGGAUGUCGGCAAGAGUGAGCCCAUUAAGGUUGGCAAAGCAUCUCCCACCGAGGGUACCCUCCCUAGCAGCGUGUACAUCAUCCUCAAGUAUGAAGGUGACAUCGUCGCCGGCCUGAAGGCAAAUGCCAUGGUUGGUGGCGACAAUGCUGCUCGCUCUGUGGCCAUCGGUCUGGUGCUAGGUGCCUACCAUGGUGCCACUGCCAUCCCCGAGGAUCUGCGUUCCACGCUCAACGCAUGGCCGAAGGUGGCCUAG